CGGCAGGAGUGACCUUUUAGUUUCCCACGCAAAAAGUCCCUGACCCGAACCACCUACUAAAACAUCCAUCCACCAUGCCGAAUUUCUUUGCUGCUCGCAGGCUCCUCCAACAUCCUCAGCCCCGUCACCCGCGGGACUGAGCCUUGCUCAGCCCAUUCCUCUGCCACGUUCCCCCCUUCACAUUUGCUCAGUCACUACCACUAGCACUGUGAAGCCACCUCGCUGUUUGCUCGGCCUCCUUUCACCGCCUGGCUCGCCUCUGCUCACCGACCAAAGCCCCUCCUUGACUUACCCCAGCGUCGUGUUGAGCGAGUCGCACACAAGUGGUGCCCCUUGCUCUCUUUCUCGAGUCGCUCGUCGAGGUACCUCAGCGGCGCGACAUGGCCGCCACACAACAGCUACCCAUGCAGUCACGUACUGGUCGCGUAAACCAACGCUACGGCGCUCAGGGCGAACGACUGGUCGCAGGCGUUGUUCCGCUGUCCGCGGACAAGUUCUAUGUGCUUCUUAUACAGUCUACCCGUCGGGGCGGCUGGGUGCUCCCCAAAGGCGGAUGGGAGACGGACGAAGCGACCGCGCAAGACGCUGCCAAGCGCGAGGCCUGGGAAGAGGCCGGCAUAAUAUGCAAAAUUAACUACGACCUUGGUCUCAUUUCCGAGAGGCGGAAACCCGACCAGCUCACAUCCCAGGCCCCGAAGGCCUCGUAUCAAUUCUUCGAAGCGACCGUUGAGAAGCAGGAAGCCCAGUGGCCUGAGAUGCACAAGCGGUCAAGAAACUGGUUCACAUACCCACAGGCACGACAGGCGUUAGCAGACCGUCCAGAGUUGCUAGAGGCGCUGGACCGAUGUACCAUGCAACGGUAGGCUGCGCUUCGUGCUUUCCGGUGCACACAAAAAGACGCACCCAAGCACAGCGGAGGAAUUUUCUACACACGGACCUCAACCUCUGACGGUUUCACUUGUCCUUUACCUAAUAUUGCAUACGACGGCAUCUCAAAAACUUCGGGAGGAUCAUAGACUCGGGCUCUGUUUUGUUUUAAUUAUUAUCUGGGCGUUGUGGUCGCUCGUCCAGCUGGUAGCAUGAUGCAUAUGCGGCUCUCCUGCACGCAAGAGCCCUGGGCCACUCAGGCUCGCAACAAUGCAAUUUGGCCUCGCCAAGCACCCUCUUCUUCUGGCAAUUGGUGUGAACGAUCCCCGCUCACCUUUCGCCCGGGGUUUUAACCAACAGAAACCUUGAGUUCCACUUCUCUGCUUCGUGUGGUCUGUGCCCUAUCUUUUUUGCCUAGAAACAGCCACAACACAUGCUUCCUCUAUCCAAUGCUCUUGCUACUAUCCUUUGAAGAGGACACCUGCUUUUUCAU